ACCACAGCCAAGAGAUCUGAAUCAGACCCGCAGCAGGAGACACGGGUCUGAGGGAGCGCGCGCGCGCAAGAUCGUAUCGCGCGCGCUCUCCAGUCAGUCGUAUGGAACCCGGAGGAACGACUCCAGGACUCGUUAACGACAAAAAAACCACACACACACACACACACACACCUUUUACACUGUGCGAUUUUUGGCCCGAUUUUCACUCGUGCGACUAUUUUGGAGAUCGGGCCGAGUUUUGGCUCAGUCGUGCGUCUCGGACAACGACAAGCGAUUAACACCUCACGACCUCCUUCCUCCCGAUCGAUCGGAUGAAAAUCAAACCUGUUUGAAAUCCUGAGCAUCGGAUCGUAUAGCGUGAGAAGAGGAAUCGUAGGCAAUGCACUAGGCUGUAGUAUAGAAUCCAUGGAGAAAAGUUUAGGCAUGAUGCCGGAAGCAGAACAGACUGAUGCGAAGGUGUUGGGAAGCUUGGCGAUGGGUGACCGGGACUUCUCGGACCGUCGGCUCGGACUCGUGGACAAGAUCCCGUUAGUGAAGCCGUAUUUCAAGAAGAAGCACGCGCAGAGGAAACUGGACACCAAGUGCCUGCGCGCGCUCGAGGACCCGAUUCUGAGCUCCAUCCUCGGUCCGGACGGUGAUGGCGUGUUCGUGCCGGGGGCGGCCGCGCAGCCCAGUCUGAUGAUGUGCGCGGCGGCGGCGGCGGUGGCGGAGGAGGCGCGCGCAGACGCGACGGCGGAGGACGAGCGGAAAGCGACGGGCGCGAGCUCAGACUCUGUCGGCAGCGCCGCCGUGAUGGUCUCAACCCGGUCUUCAUCCUCCCCGUCUUCUGCGCUCGACGCGGCGGAUAAGACGGCGAACGGGGCGCCGUCGGGCGUCGGCCAUGGAGAGCUUUUCCGCGACAAGACCGACGAGGCGUCUUUGGAUCUAGUGUUCGAGCUGCUCAUGCAGCUGCAGUAUCACACGCGCCAGGACGACGCCGUGCACAUCUGCGUGGAUUUCUUGCGCGGCGCGUGCCUGUGCGGCAGCGAGUGCGCGCGACACCACACCGCACUGCCCUACCACUGGCAGAUCCGGCGCGCGGACACGCGCAUAUGGCAGAGCGUCGCCGAGGACGCGCAGGAACAGCUGGAAAGACUCUACUGCAACCCGGACAAUGAACAGGUCCGGCUCAAGUUCCUGGGUCGAGUGUUUAUGCUGGACUUCAGUGCCAUGAGGGUGUGCGAUAUAGAGUUCGACCUCGUCAGGCGGCUGUCCACGCCCUCCAGCUUCGGAGCCGUGCCCCCUAGCACAAGCCCCGCCUCCAACACAAACCCCGCUCCCAGCUAUCUCACAGUGUGGAAAUAUUACUGCAGAGAUAACUUCGGCUGGAGGGAGUACUCAGAGCCUGUGGUGCGUUUGAUAGAGGAAGCGACGGAGCGAGGGCUCAAGGAGGUGCGUUUCAUCACGCUUCAGAACCAGUACAUCCUGAACAUCCGCGAGGGCUUCCAGCAGAACGCCGUCUUCGGUUUCCGCCGCCAGAUCAAAAAGCGACCACACUUCAUGUCCUCCAUCCGACUCUCGCCCUACCUGCAGACUCUUGGAGGUCUCUGUGCUCUAGAAGUCGUCACGCCGCAGCCCCUCUCACCCACGUCCUUGUCGGGACCUCGGAUUUUCCCCGAGACAUGGGUUUCUAUGAACCCUGAACAGGACUUUAUCCAGGUGCCAGUGUCGCGCGAGGACCGCAGCUACCGCACCGUCUACAACCUCUUCCACAAAACAGUCUCCGAGACCAAAUUCCGCAUCCUGAAGAUCCUCCGCGUCCAGAAUCCGUUUCUUUGGGAGAAAUAUAAAAGGAAGAAGGAGUACAUGUCGCGGCGCAUGUCGGAGACGGAGCGCCUGCUGAACGAGCGCCACCUGUUCCACGGCACCUCGCAGGACGUAGUCGAGGGCAUCUGCAAGCACAACUUCGACCCGCGCGUGUGCGGAAAGCACGCCACCAUGUUCGGCCAGGGGAGCUACUUCGCACGUCGGGCGGCGUAUUCGCACAGCUUUGCGCGCCGCUCGCCGCGCGGCCUCCACUACAUGUUCCUCGCCAAAGUGCUGACAGGAAAGUUCACGGUGGGAAACCCGGGCAUGCGGCGGCCGCCCCCACUGUGUUCUCACCAGCCCACCGGAGACCUCUUCGACUCGUGCGUGGACAACUGCGUCGACCCGCAAAUCUUCGUCAUCUUCAACGACGACCAGAGCUAUCCGUAUUUCAUUAUCCAGUACGAAGAGGUGGCCAACACCGUCGCCAUCUGAGUCAACGUUCACGACGCGAUUCGGGUUUGCAGCGAACGUGAAUGCGGAUGUGGACGUCACAGACGGUACGGACCGUUAAUCCGGCAGCGUGUGCGUGCAUGUUUGAGGAACUGACUUCUUCCAGGCUUCCGUUCUGCACCGGCAUGUGUCCGAGGACGAGUCCGAUCCCGCUUUCGGUUCUACGACGCACAAGUGGAGGCUGUCGGGCUUUUUUUUUUUUUAAACAGACUUGAUGCCGACAUCAUCGAAGCAUUGACUAUUGUUUUGUUUUGUAAAGACUCCUCCCCCUGCCCCACCCACUCCACCUCCCCACCAUCCAUUUUCCUUCCAUACUUAAUUCGUUGUACAUACGCUUUCCUUGUUUAUAUUUGAACUGUGUGCCUUUUGUUCAUAAAAAUUAUUUAUGUUAGUUAACGUAACAAAUAAAGAUUGAAAGUGAA